AUGUUUCUCCUGGACUGGUUUUACGGUGUCCUCGCUUCGCUGGGUCUGUGGCAGAAAGAGGCGAAGAUUUUGUUUCUAGGGCUCGAUAAUGCGGGGAAGACCACGCUGCUUCACAUGUUGAAGGAUGAGGUCGGACAUCGGUUCUUUGUUGCACUUCCUCCACCUCGAAUAUUUUUCAUCUUUUUUUAUAAUUUCUGGUAAUUUCCAUCCGCGGGUGGAUUUAUUUGCUUCUCCCUUGUGUUAAAUUUUGGCAUCGUUUUUCUUGAAAUUAGAUGUUUCUUACUUGUGUUCAUGAAAACAGUCUCGCUAAUUUCUCUUUAUGACCCUCGAAUGCAGAGAUUGGUCCAACAUCAGCCCACGCAGUAUCCGACAUCAGAAGAAUUGAGUAUUGGGAAGAUCAAGUUCAAGGCUUUUGAUUUGGGCGGUCAUCAGAUCGCACGCCGAGUCUGGAAGGACUACUAUGCCAAAGUAUGCCUGCCUUCUUUCAUCUUUAUCACUUGUUUUGCCGCAUUCUAUUUGGUGAUCUAUGGAUCCGGAUAUGAUUUACGCCAAUGAGCUUGUAUGCUUUUACCAGAAUAUCGCUUGCCAAGUAUUCUUGAUGCAUCAGACGUUAAUGAUAUCCAACUGGGCAGCAGGUUUUCGUCACAUCUGUUGUUUGUUAUUUUCUGAUUCGCUCUUUCUAUUGCUUGUAUGCUUCCUACGAAUCAUCUGUGAUAUACGAUUGGGUUUCCAGGAGUAGUGUUUUAUUUCUCUACCCUAAAUGUACAUGGAAAUUCUUGACGUAUUUUACGAUUUUUUAUUUGUUCACAACUUCGCAUCACUGAAACUGCUUCUAGUCCUCAUUCCCUUUCUGUUAACGAGGACUAGAAUUCCUAAUUUUUUAGUAGAGCGUCAGAUGUUGUUGUUCGUGUUAUGCUUUUUGAGGUGUUUCUAUUUUGCUGCACUUCGCAUUAUUCAUUUAGUUCAGUACUAUCUUAGUACUUCUCUUUUCUCUGAAUUUUUCCUUUUAUUUUAUAAUGCUUGCCCAAUUUUGUUAAUACAAAUUGGAUGAUGUUCUUUUUGUGCUUUGAUGAUGGUUAAUAUCUUGACUGUGUUGUCACGGUAAUCCUUUAAAGGUACUUUUUGAGAUAAAUUUUAAAAUGAGAAUAAAUUCUCGUUCCCUCGUUUGCAUUGUAUUUUAUUCAUGUGCAUUUAGUUCAGUACCCACCCAUGCUCGUAUGUUUGUUUUGGUGUGUUGCUGCAUUUUUUGCUGGGUAUUUAUUUCAUUGCUGUCACUUUACCACUGUUUGACUCUAAUGGUUAGUUUGAUUUGUUUAUGAACUUCAAACAUGUUCAACUCUCUAAAUGGUCAUUAUUUCAUUUUUUUCAAUUACUAAAAAGGCACAUGUGGGAUAUCUUACUUUGUACUGAUGCCUGUUCCUACUUUACCAUAUGAUGAUACUUUGUUUAACUGAGCUGCCUAGCGUUUUGUCUCGCUUGUAUUUGCUUGUUAUUCUUAAGUCAGUGUUCAUUGCGGUUUUUUUUCUACUUCAAUUAUUGCUUUAUUACUGGGAUUUUGUUUCUGGAUCAGCUCUGAAAUUUUUGGUGUCUUGUUCUCCUUCUUACCCAUUACUGUUCAGAUUUGUCAGUAGCACUUGUUUCAUAUUCCCAUAAAGGCAUGGGAACAAGACCUCUGUGCUGUUUUGAGUCUAGUGCAAUCAUCUCUUCGUCUAGUGAGAGGACUUCUGGUGGCCGUCCUCGCGGUUACUUGUAUGCAAUCCCUUUCAAUAAUCUCUCUCAACAGAAUCCAUCAUCUGAAAAUAAUUACUAUGUGACAUAAUACAUUCUCCUUCAUUCUCCCGACCAAAGUAUCUUAGUAUCAAAGAAGUUUCCAGUUUGUUCCAGUGCUUAUUGUUUUUCUUUUCCCCUUUCAGGUGGAUGCAGUCGUUUAUCUUGUGGACGCCUUCGACAAGGAGAGGUUUGCCGAGUCAAAGAAAGAGUUGGACGCCCUCCUCUCUGAUGAUUCCUUGGCCAGCGUCCCCUUCCUCAUCCUCGGGAACAAGAUCGAUAUCCCUUAUGCGGCCUCUGAGGACGAGCUCCGCUAUCACCUGGGCCUGAGCAACUUCACUACUGGAAAGGGCAAGGUGAACCUCGUGGACUCCAACGUCCGCCCACUGGAGGUCUUCAUGUGCAGCAUCGUUCGCAAGAUGGGCUACGGCGACGGCUUCAAAUGGCUCUCUCAGUACAUCAAGUAG